ACGCAAUCGCAGCAAACCAGUCCAUAUCGUCAAAUGUGGAUCAGGAAACCGUCAAUCAGGAAAAUGCCGGCACAGUCGAUUGGGAUGGUCCGAAUGAUCCCGAAAUGCCAAUUAACUGGCCAAAUUUCAGGAAAUGGACAAACCUGCUGGCCAUUUCGACAAUGACUCUACUAACACCGUUCGCCUCUUCCAUGCUCGCACCUGCAGUCGAGCAAGUCAUGCAACAAAUGGGCGAAACGAAUCGUGACAUCGGAUCCUUGUCUGUGUCCAUCUAUCUUCUCGGCUAUGCUUUCGGCCCUCUAUUUCUUGCACCACUCAGCGAGCUUUACGGUCGACUUCCCGUGUAUCACAUCUGCACCAUACUCUUCAUCAUCACCAACGUUGCGUGCGCCUUGUCUAUCAAUAUCCCCAUGCUCAUCUCAUUUCGUUUCCUUACGGGCUUAGUGGGCGCCGGCCCGUUGACAGUUGGGCCUGGAAGUGUCGCGGAUUGCUUCAGGCAGAAGGAGAGAGGGAAAGCCAUGGCCAUUUGGACUAUGCCCGUGUUGCUAGGACCCAGUAUCGGGCCUGCUGUUGGAGCAUAUGUCUCAAGAGGUCUUGGCUGGAGGUGGAACUUCUGGCUCCUAGUCAUCAUGACUGGUGUAGUUUUCAUCAUCUGUGUCUUUGUCCAAAAGGAAACACACGCCCCAACCCUCCUAAGGAGUAAGGCGAAGAAACUGCAGUUACAAGGCAAUCCGGAACUCCGUGCAGCCAAGGAUCCCAACUAUUCACGCUCCCAACUCUUGAAAGGGAGUCUUUCUCGCCCUUUAAAAAUGCUCUGCUUGUCACCCAUCAUUCUCGGUCUCUCGCUCCUAACGGCCGUCGCCUACGGAACUCUUUACCUCUUAUUCACCACUACGACCGAGGUCUUCAAAACCAGGUACGGUAUCAUUACCAAUGUAGGACUGGUGUAUCUCGGUUUCGGCUGCGGCCAGAUCGCGGGCCUCUUUCUCUUCGGCGCAGCGUCGGAUGCUAUUGUUGGAAGAAUGGCCAAGGGUGGCGAGAUGAAACCCGAGUAUCGUCUCCCACUAAUGAUCCCCGGGAGCGCAACUAUACCGAUCGGACUCCUGAUUUAUGGCUGGACUGCGCAGUUCCGAGUUUUCUGGUUCGUGCCGAUUAUCGGUACAUUUUUCAUCGGCUUUGGCAUGAUCACGGUAUUUACUUCGGUCGGGACGUAUCUGGUCGAUGCCUUCCCUACUCAUGCCGCGAGUGCUACAGCAGCAAACACGGUGCUUCGCAGUGUUGGUGGUGCAUUGUUGCCUCUCGCUGGCCCGAAGAUGUACAAGGCGCUAGAUCAGGGAUGGGGUAAUACGUUGCUUGCGGGUGUAUCAUUUGGGAUGAUGGGCAUGAUAGUGGUUGCGUACAAGUACGGCGAAAGACUGAGAACGGGUUCCAAAUACCAGCUUGACUAGCAGGUCCAUCAACAAUAAUUAGCACGGUAUAUACCUGGGGACAUGGAGUUCAAAA